CCCUACUUCGCCUGGAGGUUAACGCCAGCUUUAAAUAAUAAAAAAAAGAAAGGAGUAAAAAAGGCGAAAGAAAGAGGCGAGAAAAACAUAAGAAGCGGAGUUAGGGUUUCAAAGAUUUCGUCCCGGAACGUAUCGAUCUCCUCUAGGGUCGGGCGGAGGUCGAUCCAGCCAUGGCGGGGGCUCUCCAGUACUUGGAAUCGCAGCGGAACGCCCAGCCGGAACUCGCGGACUGGUACAAUGCCCUGGCCGACUUGUACCAGCGGAAGCUCUGGCACCAGCUCACCCUCAAGCUUGAGCAGUUCGUGGCCCUAGCCGUCGUUCAGGCGGGUGAUGCUCUCAUACAGCUAUAUCAUAACUUCAUUACGGACUUUGAGACAAAAAUCAAUCUCCUGAAACUUGCACAUUUUGCUGUAGUAGUUUCACGUCAGUAUUCAGAAAAAGAAGCUGCAAUUAGCUAUCUUGAGGGUGUAAUUGAGAAGCUGCAUGCUACAAAGGACUUACGAAUUGAAGAGCCUAUUUUAUACGUGAAGAUGCAAAUAGCUGCAUUUAAUCUUGAGAAAGGGAAUAAAAAGGAGUGUAAGAAACUUCUAGAAGAGGGGAAGGCCACACUAGAUAGCAUGACUGAUGUUGAUCCUUCGGUUCAUGCUAGCUAUUACUGGAUAUCUUCUCAAUAUCAUAAAUCUUGCCAGGAAUUUGCUGAGUUUUAUAAGAGUGCACUUCUUUAUCUGGCAUACACUACAGUUGAUUCACUUUCAGAAGCAUUCAAGCUGGAUUUGGCAUUUGACCUUUCCCUUUCUGCUUUGCUGGGUGAUAACAUAUAUAACUUCGGGGAAUUGCUUGCCCAUCCCAUUAUCAAUAGUCUUCUUGGAACCAAAGUGGAGUGGCUUUACCAUAUACUCCAGGCAUUUAACACUGGCAAUCUGAUUCGCUAUCAAGAACUCUGCCAUGUUCAUAAUGCUGCUUUGAGUGCACAGCCUGCGUUAGUAGAGAAUGAGAAGAAGCUACUUGAAAAUAAUAUUCUUUGUUUGAUGGAAAUCAUCUUUAGUCGGCCAUCUGAAGAUCGAACCAUUCCAUUAAGUAUUAUUGCCGAACGAACUAGACUUUCUAUCGAAGAUGUGGAAUAUCUUCUAAUGAAAAGCCUCUCCGUUCAUCUUAUCGAAGGCAUAAUAGAUCAAGUUGAGGGCACAAUUCAUGUCUCAUGGGUGCAGCCUAGGGUUUUGGGAAUCUUGCAGAUCAAAUCCUUGCGCGAUCGGCUGGAUGCAUGGAUAGGCAAGGUGCAUACAACUUUGUUGUCAGUUGAAGCAGAGACGCCUGAUCUAGUGGCAUCAUGAUGUGCGACCCCGUAGCCUCUCCUUUACAAGCUCUUUGUAACAGCUUACAGCACGGAAGGAAGCAGAGGAAACAUUGCUGCAGCCCUUGUCCGAGUCCUCUCUCUUUUGCCUUGAAUAUUUUUUGUGCACGAGGGGCGGCAGCUGAGAGCUGACCUGAGGCCUGUAUUUUUUAAAUCUUUCAGAAAACUGUUAGAAUUUGAGAUAUGCUUGCAGAGACGGAGGACCAUAUGUUUCAGGCCAGUGAACACUUUCAAGUCAGAUCAUCUAUUUCUUUUGUGAUUCAGCAAUGAUGCAUGCUGGACAUUAAUGCAACAAAUGCUGCUCACUUAUUCACACUGUUUGGUCUUCAUAAUUAUUUGAAUCAUUUAAUUUGUUGUUUACGCA